AUGUUUAAAUGCAACUCUGAAUAAAGUACUUUUUAAAAUUCUUGUUAUUCGCCGACUGUUUACAAAUUGCAAUCACAGAUGUUGCUGCUGCAACAUGUAAUGCGAAAUCAAACCAUUAAUAUUUUCAGGAAUAUGGCGUAUUAUGCUGUAGCCAAUGGACGUCAAAUAGGUAUAUUUGACUCCUGGUCAAAAUGUGAAGCUCAGGUAAAAGGAUUUAAGGGAGCCAAAUACAAAAAAUUUCCGACGCGGACACAAGCUGAAAAAUUUCUUAAAAAUGCUAUUGAUGGUGUAGCACACAAUAGCUAUGAUCCUAUGAAUGAUGCUGUUCCUUUAAAUAAAAAUUCUAUAGUACAAGUGUCACAAAGUGAAUCUGAAGAAAUCGAAAAAGAUUUUUGGCCAGAGGGUGAGGAAGAUGAAAACGUUGAUGAGAUAGAAUUAGAAUUGACUGCUGCAUUAGCGGAGGUAGAAGGAAUACAUAGAGAAUUUGUGCCCCUUGCAUCUAGCAGUGCAGGAUUGAAACGAAAAUAUGUAGAAGAAACUAAAGGAACUUCAACAAAGAUUCGUAAGCAUGUGUCAAAAGUUUGGGAAGCAACAGCAAUAAAACGUUUUGGUAGCUUCGAUUUUGAGAUCGAUGAACAAGGAUAUGUUAUUGUUUACACAGAUGGUUCAUGUUUUGGCAAUGGCACAGAUAAAGCAUGUGCAGGUUUUGGAGUGUAUUUCGGUGAAGAUCAUCCAUUAAAUACUGCUAAACCUGUGAUUGGUCGGGUAACCAACAAUGUUGGCGAAAUUCAGGCUGCUAUAUAUGCAAUAAAAGUUGCUCAUGAUAUAGCGAUACCAAAGCUUUGUAUAAGUACUGAUUCACAAUUUCUGAUCAAUGCUAUAACAUUAUGGGUACGCGGCUGGAAACGUAAUAAUUGGCAGUUGAAAAGUGGUGGACCUGUAAAAAAUGUGACUGAUUUUAGGGAGCUAGAUGAACUGAUUCAGAAAGGUCUGACAACUGUAAAAUGGAACUAUGUAAAUGCACAUAAGGGCAUCAAAGGCAACGAAAUGGCAGAUAAAUUAGCACGUGAGGGUUCGAUAUUAUACAAAGAAAAUCAUUCCAAAAAAUGAUAUCAAAAUUGUGCUCUUUAUAUUUGUUUAUAUUAUGUAUAUUUUUAUAUUCAGAUUGUAUUUAUAUAAGAGUUAUCAAAGAUUACUAAAUAAUAAUAAUGAAUAUUAUAAGCAAAUAGAAUGAAAUAAAAUGAAGUAUGCGUACUUAACUGAAAAGAAAAUGUAUUUCAGAAUUGAUAAAAUUUUAAACGUUUUGCUGUUCUACACAGGAAAGUCACGCUUUGUUGUUGUUGUAGCCCAAACAUAUUGCUUAUUAAUUAACUCUACUUUAUUUAAAUUUUUUUAUCAUCUUACUGUAAAUUCGAUUAUUUUUGAAUAUAUUUUGAGUCUUACUGUUGACUUACAAAUUUGUUAUUAAAU